AAACUUCCACAAACCUAUCUCUCUUUCUCUAUUGCUUACAUCAUCUUCUAUAAUCAAUGGCCUUGAUCCAAAACCCUAAUAUGAAACAAGUUCCAUUUCUAAGAGACAGAACUCUACAACAAACACUCUUUCUUCCUCAUACUUUUUCUCUCCCUAUUUCUAACAAAAACUCCAAAAGACUACUUGUAAUUGCUAAUUCUUCUUCUUCUUCUCUAUUAUCACCAGUGAUUCUAACUGCUCCGGUUGCUUCUUCUCCUCCUCCUCCGGUUUAUCAUGGACCAAAGUUCCCUUUGUCCUGUGGGGCAGCGACUGUACCGUUAUCUCGGGUAUGGAGAGAGAUACAAGGAUGUAACAACUGGAAAGAUCUCAUCGAGCCUUUAAACCCUCUUCUCCAACAAGAGAUCACUCGCUAUGGCAACUUAGUUUCCACUUGUUACAAAGCCUUCGAUCUAAACCCUAAUUCCAAACGUUACUUGAACUGCAAGUAUGGCAAACAAACCCUACUUAAAGAAACCGAAAUCCACCAACAUGAGGACUACCAAGUCACAAAAUACAUCUACGCCACACCGGACAUCAACAUCAGUCCAAUCCAGAAUGAAACGAAUCGACGAGCGCGUUGGGUAGGUUACGUUGCAGUUUCAUCCGAUGACUCGGUGAAACGCUUAGGGAGGAGAGACAUUGUGGUGACGUUUCGUGGAACGGUAACUAACCCUGAAUGGUUGGCAAAUUUCAUGAGCUCUUUAACUCCGGCUAGGUUCCAUCCUCAUAAUCCGCGUCUCGACGUGAAGGUUGAAUCCGGGUUCUUGAAUUUAUACACAUCCGAUGAGAGUGAGAGCAAAUUCGGACUAGAGAGUUGCAGAGAACAGCUUCUGUCCGAAAUCUCGAGAUUGGUGAAUAAGUACAAAGGAGAAGAGAUGAGUAUCACACUCGCUGGACAUAGCAUGGGAAGCUCAUUGGCUCAACUUCUUGCUUAUGACAUUUCGGAACUAGGUUUAAACCAGAGGAUUGGUGAGAGAGAUAUUCCGGUGACCGUGUUCUCUUUCGCAGGUCCUAGGGUUGGUAACUUGGAGUUCAAAAAACGUUGCGAGGAGCUAGGUGUUAAGGUUUUAAGGAUCACUAACGUCAAUGAUCCGGUCACUAAACUUCCUGGUGUUUUAUUCAAUGAGAAUUUUAGGGUUUUAGGUGGUUUUUAUGAGCUUCCAUGGAGCUGUUCAUGUUAUGCUCAUGUUGGAGUGGAACUCACGCUAGAUUUUUUCGAUGUUCAAAACAUUUCUUGCGUUCACGAUCUCCAAACCUAUAUCGAUCUUCUAAACCAACGCAGAAUGAACUCAAGAUCAGCCGAUUCCGAUUCCGAUGAGGAUGAGGAGAGUGACAAUUUUGCCUUAGAGUUUUUGAAGAGAAAUGAAAUCAAUCAGAAACAAAAAACGAUGUCGUCCGAUGACGAAGGAGGAGAAGAGUAUCUCUUCAAGAUAGUGAUCAUCGGCGACUCUGCCGUCGGGAAAUCGAACCUUCUCUCUCGCUACGCUCGUAACGAGUUCAACGCUCAUUCGAAAGCCACGAUCGGCGUCGAGUUCCAAACGCAGAACAUGGAGAUCGAAGGCAAAGAGGUUAAAGCUCAGAUUUGGGAUACUGCUGGUCAAGAACGGUUCCGUGCCGUCACUUCCGCUUAUUAUCGCGGCGCCGUCGGAGCUCUCGUCGUUUACGAUAUUAGCCGUCGAUCCACGUUUGAGAGCGUUGGUCGUUGGCUUGAUGAGCUUAAGACACAUUCGGAUACAACGGUUGCCAGGAUGCUGGUGGGAAACAAAUGCGAUCUAGAAAGCAUAAGAGCGGUGAGCGUGGAGGAAGGCAAAGCACUAGCGGAAACCGAAGGACUAUUCUUCAUGGAAACAUCAGCUCUCGAUUCAACAAACGUUAAAACAGCUUUUGAAAUGGUAAUCCGCGACAUCUACACCAAUGUUAGCCGGAAACAACUCAACUCCGACACUUAUAAAACCGAACUAAGCAUGAAGAACCGAAUGAUAUGCGCAAGAAUCCGACCGCUUAUUUCGUCACCAUUAGCCUUCACUAUCUCUGCAACUAAACACUCUCCAAUCAAUCUCCGAUUAUUCCCUCGCCGCUCCUUCUCCGCCGUAACCGCCAUGUCUUCUUCAACCCCACAGAGUCAGAUCAUAGAACACAUCGUCCUAUUCAAAGCCAAAGACGACGCUGACUCCAACAAAAUCACUUCCAUGAUCAACAACCUUAACGCUCUUGCCUCUCUCGAUCAAGUGCUUCACAUCUCCACCGCUCCUCUCCACCGUCUUGGAUCCUCCGCCUUCACCUUCACUCACGUCCUCCAUAGCCGUUACGGAUCUAAGGAGGAUCUUGCCUCCUACGCUGCGCAUCCAGAUCACGUCCGUGUUGUUAAGGAAUCGGUUUUACCGAUCUGCGAUGACAUCAUGGCUGUUGAUUGGAUCGCCGAUCGAGUCCCCGGAACCAUAGCGCCGCCUCCUGGUUCGGUUGCGAAACUCACGCUACUGAAAUUGAAAGAGAAUCUCUCCGAUGAGGCGAAAUCGGAGAUUACGGGAGUGAUUAAGGGACUAAGUGAGAAAUUUCCAGGAAUUGAUCAGAUUACUGUUGGAGAAAACUUUUCUCCAGCUAGAGCUAAAGGUUUCACUAUUGCUUCGAUUGCGUAUUUCAAGAAUUUGGGUGAAAUGGAAGCUGUGGAUGCUCAGAAGGAGUUGGUGAAUUCGCAAAAGGAUAAGGUUCGUGAUUAUGUAGAUUCUACCAUUGUUGUUGAGUUCGUGGUGCCGUCUUCUUCACAGUCUUCUAGUCUGUAAAAAAGGUUCAAUUUCAAUCCUUUGAACACUUUGGGACCUAUUUGUCAUUUGAGAAUAAAGCAUUGUUGAUUAGGAGAUUUGAGUGUGAUGAUAUAUGCUUUUGUUUUUCCCUUUGAGGAACUCUGUUGGAAUAAGAAUUUUUAAGCACAAAGAAACUUUGAGCAAUCAAUAUGACUUAUGGAAUUAUAGUAGCUAGCUGCAUCAGCUGCUCUUAGAAUUGUACACUGUUGCUAACAAAGCCCACAUGAUGGAAUCUUGGCUUCUUCGGUGAUAUAGGUGUAGUAGUAUCUAUUUUUCUUGAUUCUCUAUGGUCUGAAGUGUCGAUUACAUGCGAAAGUUUCUGUAUCCGGUUCAAAAGGGAUUCUCAUUGCUUGCUUGAUGGUUGUUGACUAAUGACUGGUAGAGUGUGUUCUUCACAUCUGGCUGGUUUGUCUCGAGAAUGCCUGCAACUCUGUCCAUCUUUCAAUGAAGUUUCCUAGCUGCUACGAAACACGAUAGUUCCCAGUAACACUAAUAAAAAGAUAAAUGUUUU